GAUCCUCACAGAGCCUAUUAUCAUCAUCAUCCUCAUAAGUUGUGCCCUUCUAUCAAUUGUCAAUUAUGAAUGAUUUAGUCUGUUCAAAUCUUGGCGCCAAUCCUGUUGAACCCGCCAUUUCUGAUUUUCCAUUGAAUGACGGAAUACUUUGAACUCGAGAAUAGUCUACCAUCACUACCAGAAAUGCAAACUGAAGUAACUUGUCAGGAAGAAAAUGUAAAAUUCAUUCCAGACAAGAAGCUUCUGGUACAAACUACUAGGUCUCUCUCCGUGCCUCUGCACCAAACUAUUGAUGCAAAAACCAGACUUGCAGAAAACUUACCUCUAUAUCAGUUGAUGAAUAACUCUGCCCUUCUAUGUGAUAAUGAAGUUCUUAUCUUUUAUCACCAAGAGUUGAGAAAGGAGCAGUUUCUGGCCACUACAAAGAACUCGUGUGUACAAUUCUCUAAGAAUGUCGGACAUGUGCCUUCCUUUCGAAGAAAUGAAGUAACAAGCAUGUUGUCGUUUGCUAAUCGGCUUUCUCUCUCACCGGAAACUGUUCUAACAGCUGUACACUAUUUUGAUAGUGUCGUCUGCAAACACUUCCUUCAAACAUACAUGGUCCCAUCAAUUUCAGCUGCUGCUCUCUGGUUGGCUACAAAACUUCAUGAAAGAGAAGUUUUUGGCUCUAAAUACUUUUUAUCUUAUCGCUCUUUGAUGGGAACAGUUAGCAGAAAGACUCUAGUAGAUGCUGAGAGUACAAUAUUGUCUACUCUCGGAUGGAAAGUAAAUGUCACGACGACUUAUCAUUGCAUUCAAAUUUUCGGUCUCUUACUAACGUGGUUACAUAAAGACUUUAUACAUAUGGCAGAAUCCUUGUGUAAAUAUGCUAUGAUGGAGGAGGGUCUUAUGAACUUUUCGUAUCCUGUUCAGGCUGCCAGUUGCAUUUUCAUUUCUGUGAGAAUAUCUGCCAUCAAAGAAUUGUCUCAAACAUUACUUGACAGCUUAUAUCAUCUUUCUAUUCCAGUAGAUGAAGUCUUCAAUUGCUCUGAAAUCCUUUGGCAACAGAGUUUGGGAGGAUCUCUUCGAGUGAAAGAUCAACAAAUGAGUCCCAAGAGCAUUCGAGAAUGGGACUAUCUAUAAAAAUAUGAACUUGAUCAAGAAGACUAUCUGAAGCUAUGUGAGGUCUUGAGUGAAAUGAUCACUGACCGAAACCUAUAUCUGAAACAGAAUUGCAAAGCGCUGAAGCACAGUUUCGUGAUAGUUGUGCUCCUAUUUGAACUUUGACCUUUAAACAUGAAGAGAUGCGAGAACUAGCUAUAGCAGAAAAUUUAUUUCGUCUGAGCGAACUUAGUUGGAAUGUGUUGGGACUUUGUACAGUUUGCUUGCUAUACACUGGGAUUGAUAUCAUUUGAUUAUUUUGUUCCUCUAUUCCUAUGAGAGACUCUGUUGUCUCUUUGAAUUACAAUACUGGAUAACAAUCUGUAUAUUUAUUAUUCUUGUGGUUUAUUUGUCUUUUAAGAGCAAUUUCACUUCUGUAUCACUCUACCGACCUGAAACUUGUAUCUUCACGUGAAGUGAAACGU